AUGUCGCCGCCGCCGUCGCCGCCGCCGCCGCCGCCGCCGCCGCCGCGCGCGCCGUCGCCCGUCGCGACGCGCACGUACAUGAAGAAGAACGCCGCGUCGGGCCGGCGGCGCGUCUCGUUCGAGUCGUCCCCGGCGUCGACGCCGUCGCGGGACAUCCCGCGCUGCGCGCGCGACGACGCUUCGGCUCCCUCCUCGGCGCCUCCGACGCCCCCCGCGGCGUCGCCGCCGCAGACCCCGGACUCGCUGCGGCUGUCGCUCGUGAGAUCGACGUCGCGCCCGCGGCAGGACGACGACGCGACGCGCGGCGACGACGCCGACGCCGCGCGGUCCGCGACGCCGGGGAGGAGCCGCUACGCGCGGCGCGUCGUCGACGCGUUCGGCGCGUCUCAGGCGCGCGCGCGCGCGAUCCUCGAAACGGUCUCGUCGUCGUCGACGUCGUCGUCGUCGUCGUCUUCGCGAUCCGCCGCCUCGCGCGACGCCUCCGAGGCGCUCGCGCGCGCGCGCGUCGCCAUCCUCGGCGCGGACCGCGCGACGACGCACGGCGGCCGCCUCGCGAAGAAGCGCGCGAGCGGCGACCGCCCCGCGUGGGCGGCGUUCGUCCCGCUCGCGAAGUCGGCGUGGCGCGAGAGCUACUUUCGACUGAACCUCCGCGACGCGACGCUGACGUGGAGCGACCGCGAGCGCGACCCGACGCGCGUCGGCGUCGCGAGGGCGACCGCGAUAGAGACGCACGGACGCGUGAUGUACGUGAACGCGACGCACGCGGUGAAAGGGGACGUGACGUACGCGCUGAGGGCGAGAAACGCGCACGAGGGCGAGGCGCGUCCGCACUGGUCCCCGUACGACCGCGUCGGCGUGGUGAACGCCGAUCCUUAA